UUUCUCAGUUUGAACAUGGAACUUGUACUGUAUAUCAUCUCCACAAUUGUGGUAGUUGCGGAGUUUAUUUUGGGGAUUUUGAGCAAUGGGUUGAUAGUGCUGAAAAACUGCACUGACUGGGUCAAUAAAAGAGAGCUUUCCACAAUUGAUCAAAUACUCACUAUGCUGGCAAUUUCCAGAAUUAGUCUCAUCUGGGAAACAUUUCUUCUUUGGGUUAAAAAUGACUUAAUUACAUCUACUACCAGAGAAGAAUUAAAAUUAAUUGUGUUCAGCUUUACACUGUCUAGUCACUUCAGUCUCUGGCUCGCCACAGCCCUUGGCAUGUUUUAUUUACUCAGAAUAGCUAACUGCUCCUGGCAGAUCUUUCUCUACUUGAAAUGGAGACUUAAACAACUGAUUGUGGGGAUGCUGCUGGGAAGCUUGAUCUUCUUGCUUACAAAUCUGAUGCAAAUAACCAUCGCUCUUGAAGAAAGGUUGUAUCAAUAUGGAGGAAAUUCCAGUGUGACUUCAAUGGAAACUGAGUUUGGAGUGCUGACAGAGCUGAUGUUAUUCAACAUGACUGUAUUUUCUGUAACACCAUUUUUAUUGGCCUUGAUUUCUAGUCUCCUGCUAAUCUUCUCCUUGUGGAAACAUCUCCAGAAGAUGCAGCUGAAUUCCAGAAGACAUGGAGACCCUAGCACCAAAGCUCACAUGAACGCCUUGAGAAUUAUGGUCUCCUACCUCCUGCUCUACACCACGGAAUUCCUGUCUCUUCUUAUAUCAUGGAUUGCUCAGAAGCAUCACAGUAAACUGGUUCACUUUAUUUGUACGAUGACUGCCCUCAUGUAUCCUUCAGCCCACUCAUUUAUCCUGAUUCUGGGAAAUUCUAAAUUAAAGCAGACUUCUCUUUGGGUACUGAAACUGCUCAGAUGUAGGGUUGGUGAA